AUGUUUCACACUGGUGCAUCACCACACGAUGAUCGUGACAGCACCACAAAUGAAGCAGGCAGUUAUUUCACGAGGGAGGCAUCCUUUGCCGAGAACAGAGAUGUUCGUUCAGAUACAAGCAGCACUUCGACUGCCACAUUCCGUGGUCUUCAAGGGUUUGACAACAUAGACGCUAGAUUCAGUGAAAGGCCGCCAGCAUAUUAUCAGCCGGGUCGCGUGUUUGCCAUGCUCUGGGAUGAACAAGACAUUGAACCACAGAUGAUGGACAUUAUAGCACCAGGGACAGUGAAUCUCAGCGGAAACAAGGGAAGCUUAGGGAGCCAGACUUCUAGUUCUGUCCACACUAUGGUGGUCGUCCAAGCGCAUAGUGGCUAUUGUGAGUGCAUACAAGUCGACACUUACGGUCAACGAGGGUUGGUCAAGUUCAUUCAUUCUCCCAAAGAUGUCAAUGCGCAUGCGGUGAUUUAUGUGGACGGUACAGCCCCUCACUUGCUAUACAACGAACCCAGUUCGAACAAAAGGCCUAUAGCCAUCAAGAAAACAAAUCCUGAACAGAAUCUCGCCGAGUCCAGCCGCCUUCACUAUACUCGAGUGUACAACGUGCAGUAUACAGCCAAAACCAUCGACAUUGGCUACGUGGGCGAGAGCUUACCCGAUCUUCUCCGAGAUUUCCAGACGGUCAACGGCUUAUCUGGGUAUACACUGCCAAAAGAAGGGAGAAAACUAUCUAGUGGACUGCUAAAAGAAGAAAGAAAACCAUCUGAUGAACUGCCAAAAGAAGAGGGAAAACCGUCCAACAAAAGGAGGAAUCUUGAUAAAGUUACCCCAAUUUUUGUUAUUUGA